AUACAAAACCAAACCCAGACGGACGCCAUCUGCUCUCAAGACGAGACGAGUAAGGUUCAGUUUCCUCAAAAAUUUCCACACCAACUAAAAGUAGAUAAACUACUACCAACUCAGUGAGUUGCUGAGUUUCAGAACUGAGCCCCCUGAUUGAACGUCUAUUUUGAAUCAAACUAUCUGCUCUCAGGACAGGAAGAGUAAGGUUCAGUUUCCUCAAAAUUUUCCACACCAACUAAAAGAAGAUAAACUACGACCAACUCGGUGAGUUUCAGAACUGAGCGCCCUGAUUGAACUUCUAUUUUGAAUCAAACUGUCAUCAUGACGAACCUUGACAUCGAUUCAUUAGCGUUGUUGAUCGGGGUCUCGGUUCCCGUGUGUCGGUUUCUUUUAUGCUUCGUGGCUACAAUUCCUGUGAGUUUUCUAUGGCGACUCGUCCCUGGUCGACUUGGGAAGCAUGUGUACGCGGCCGCUUCUGGUGUGGCUUUGUCGUAUUUGUCAUUCGGGUUCUCUUCAAAUCUGCACUUUUUGGUGCCCAUGUUAUUGGGUUAUCUUUCAAUGGCGCUUUUCCGCUCUAAAUGUGGAAUCGUUACGUUCUUCUUGGGCUUCGGUUAUCUCAUCGGCUGCCAUGUAUAUUAUAUGAGUGGAGAUGCAUGGAAGGAAGGAGGUAUAGAUGCCACUGGAGCCUUAAUGGUGUUAACGCUGAAAGUCAUUUCUUGUGCAAUAAAUUACAAUGAUGGAUUGUUGAAAGAGGAGAACUUACGUCAAGCUCAGAAGAAAAAUCGGUUGAUUAAGUUACCCUCAUUGAUUGAGUAUAUUGGUUACUGCCUCUGCUGUGGUAGUCACUUUGCUGGCCCAGUUUAUGAAAUGAAGGAUUAUCUUGAGUGGUCUGAAGGGAAAGGGAUAUGGAGCGGACCAAGGCCAUCCCCUUAUGGAGAAAUGCUUCGGGCUACUGUCCAAGCAGCUUUCUGCAUGGCCUUGUAUCUUCACCUGGCACCUUACCAUCCCUUGUCCCGAUUUACAGAACCCAUAUACCAAGAAUGGGGGUUCUGGAGGCGACUGAGCUAUCAGUACACGUCUGGAUUUACAGCACGCUGGAAAUAUUAUUUUAUCUGGUCAAUUCCGGAGGCUGCAAUGAUUAUUUCUGGCCUGGGCUUCAGUGGUUGGACUGAAUCUUCUCCACCGAAGCCAAAAUGGGAUCAUGCAAAAAAUGUUGACAUUUUAGGCGUUGAGCUUGCCAAGAGUUCAGUUGAGUUACCGCUUGUGUGGAACAUACAAGUUAGCACCUGGCUUCGUCAUUAUGUUUAUGAGAGACUCAUGCAGAUGGGAAAGAAACCUGGGUUUUUUCAGUUGCUGGCUACACAAACUGUUAGUGCUGUUUGGCAUGGGCUGUAUCCUGGGUACCUUAUAUUCUUUGUUCAGUCAGCAUUGAUGAUUGCUGGGUCAAGAGUCAUUUACAGGUGGCAACAAGCAGUGCCUCCGAAAUUGACUCUUGUUAAGCAGACAAUGGGAUUUCUCAACUUCGUGUACACGAUUCUGAUUCUGAACUAUUCCUGUGUUGGUUUCAUGGUAUUAAGCAUGCACGAAACACUUGCCUCAUACGGAAGUGUGUAUUAUAUAGGAACCAUUAUUCCCAUAGUGUUGAUCCUUCUGGGUUCCAUAAUCAAGCCUCCAAGGCCUGCCAGAUCGAAAGCUCGAAAAGAGCAGUGAGAACAACAUAGAAACCACAUUUUCUUCUCCUUUAGGUCCAUAAUGAGAUUAGAAGAGCAGCAAAGCCUGCUUUGUUUUCUUUUUCACCUUAUUAAUGAAGAACAUCUUUAACACUUGUUUGAUCUCAGCAUUUGUCCAGGUUUAAUUAUAAAUUUCUCUCUUUUUUUUGGCA